CACUUUCUUAUGAUGUCGUUGAAAUACAGAAAACCACACAAACCCGCCGCCAUCUAGAUAACAUCACAAUGGCACACUUACCUCCUCAAACCCCCACCCCCCAUUGCCCACAAUGGCCCCCAUGAUGGCACGCCUCAUCCGCCUUGCCCUCCUCCUCCUCUCUUCACCCGCGCUCCUAGCCUCAACGGCCAGCACCACGGACCCGGACCCAACAAGACCAUGGGAGGCCUACAUUAAAAGCCCCUGCACCCGGACCGUCCCCCCUCAACGGAUCCACGCCGUCUCCGGGCCCGCGGACGUGACGACCUCCGCAGAUGACGGGAGCUUCAUCCUCACCCUCCAACCGGGAGGCCAAGUCUCCCUCGACUUUGGCUACGUCGGCGGCCUCCUCUCCAUGAUGACAGAAUCACAAGACGACUCCCUCUCGUCCACUAACUCGUCAGAACCGCACUUCUCCCUCGCCUUCGCCGAAUCCCCCUCCUUCGUCCGCGCAAUCUCAGACGACACGGGCGCAACACCCUCCCAAGACUACGACAAAGCCCUCAACGUCACAAUCCCCCUCUCCUCCUCUACCCCCUACGCCGCCACCAUGCCCGCAGAACGUUUCCGCGGCGGCUUCAAAUACCUAACCCUCCACGCCUUCCACCCCGUCACCAUAACCUCCAUCCUCUGCCACCUAGCCUACUCCCCCUCCCAGCCCAACCCCUCCCUCUGGCAAGGCCACUUCCACGCCCCCUCCGACCCCCUCCUAACACGCAUCUGGCACGCCGGCGUCUUCACGGCCCAAACAAACAUCGCGCCCCCCAACACGUCCCGCUGGCUGCCGCAAGUUAAACCAGGCUGGGCCUACAACGCGACCCUCGGCGUCGAGGGACCCAUGCUCCUCGACGGCGCGAAGCGAGACCGCGCGGUGUGGCCUGGCGAUUUGGGUAUCGCGGGGACGACGGCGUAUCUAGGUCUCGGGGAUGUCGGUUUGGAAUCGGUGUACUUCGCGCUGGAGACGAUGUUUCUCUAUCAGAAUGCCUCGACGGGGCAGUUACCCUUUGCGGGACCGACAACGGGGUCCUGGAGGCGCGGAGCGAAGAGCGAUACGUAUCACGCAUGGACGUUGAUCGCGUGCUUCAACUACGCAAUCUUCACCCGCGACGAGGCCUGGGUUGCAGACCACUGGGCAAACAUCACAGCCGGCGUAGACUACAUCCUCCGCGCCCUCGAAGCCAGCGGCAGCGUAGGCCUCGCAGAGCAAGUCGAGACAAACGACUGGGCGCGCCUCGGCGGCGGGGGAUACAACAGCGCCCUCAACGCACUAAACUACCACGCCCUCUUCUCCCUCGCAAGCCUAGCCGCCGACACGACGACAGACUCCAACGGCCGCGCAGAUCAAGCAGCAACAUGGGCCGCCGCGGCAGCGAAGCUAAAGACGGCGUACAACGAUGUGUUGUGGGAUGCCUCCGCCUCGCAGUACCGCGAUAACGAGACCGCGGCGGGAGCACUCCUCUUCCCGCAAGACGGCAAUGCGCUGGCUUUGCAGUAUAACCUCACCACAUCUCCCACUCAAGCCUCCUCCGUCUCCGCGGCGCUGCUACGGAAUUGGAACGCCAUCGGGCCCGUGACGCCCGAGUUACCGGAUACAAUCUCCCCCUUUAUUUCUUCCAUCGAAGUCCUCGCACAUUUCACCGCGCGGAAACCCCGUCGCGGGUUACGACUGAUACGCCGGACAUGGGGCUACAUGCUCGACUCCCCACUCAUGACGGGAACCACGCUCGUGGAGGGGAUGAGCGCCAACGGAUCGUUGUAUUACCGCUCUCAACGGGGGUAUAACUACGACGCGGCGUAUACUUCCCACUCGCACAGCUGGUCUACGGGGCCGACGCAAGCUCUAAGCUUCAAGGUUGUCGGGCUUGAGGUUGUUGGGUGGGGACGGUGGCGGCUCGAGCCGCAGAUGGGGGAUCUGAAGAGGGCUGAGACGGGGUGGAGGGAUGGGAAGGGGGGUGAGUACGGGGCUGUUGUUGUGGUUGAGGGUGGUGGUGAUGAUGGUGGGCAGGGCAAAGAAGGGGUGCUGGAGGCGGAGAUUCUGACGCCUGAUGGGACUGAGGGGUCCCUUGAGAUCCCGUAUUGUGAGGUUCUGUUCGUGGAUGGGCAGAAGUGGGAUGGUGGUACGCUUCAAGGAGGGGGACGGACAAAAAUCAGGGGCGAGGGAUGUCGAGCCAGUUGUUGAAGAGAACUGCGCCGUGAGCGGUAACAAGCACUUUUCCGGUGUGUGACAUCCGUGAAUCGGAAAAAAAAGGAGCUGAUUUCGACUUGAGAUCCAAAAAGAAUGCCCCCUCACGGGAUUGAAC